CAAAUUUUAAUUUCGAGUCAAAAUUGAAAUUAUCAAAGUUUUUUUUUGUCAUUUUUCAAGUUUUCUUUUUUGGAUUUUAUGUAAAAAAUACAUAAUUUAAGUAUUAGUACUUGAUACUCAAAUUGUUCUCCCAAACUUCUGUAAAAAGGAACCCUAGUUGCUUGGACUUGGUUUUGCCUACUUGCCUUUCAUAGUUACCCAUUUUAGUUUGAUUAAAGCACAAAGCCCUAGGGUUGUGAGCUGAUUGGUAUCACCAAGAAUAAAAUUUUAUGCCCAGUUCAACUAUUGAAGAUUUUUAUGCUCAUAACUAAUUAACAAGUAUUUAAUAUAUGAUUUUUAGAAUAUAAUAGACAAAUUUGUUAAUAGUGACAUUCUAAUUAUAUUCUAUUUUGAAACCAAGAUAAGAAAACUAAAAUACUUAAUUUAUAAUAUCAAAUGGACAGAAUUGUGAAAGUAAUAUGCUAAAGAAAAGAACAUAACAGGAAUAGUCAAUAUUAGUAUGCUUACUAGAAGGCUUUUGCAUACUUCUAUGUUCACAUAUCUUUUCAUUGACUAUUCAAAAGUGUAAAGUAUUUGCGGUGCUGAUGAAAAGGGAAAGAAAGAAAAAAAGAAUAGGAAGUUGAUGUGAUAAGGUUCUAAAAUACUAUCAUAAAUUUCGGCAAGGCAUCGUGGUUUUGUUCGUGGAUUUUAAAACUGUGGCUGUCUCUUGGUCUCUGUUCACAUUCACACGUGAAUCGAGGUCAAAGUUUUGUGGUGAUUGACGCAAACUAUUCUAAAUAAUUGAAUUAGUUGGCCCUUUGUUAUAGUAAAACAGAGGAUCAAACCUACUAAAAGCCUUGAAACACGUAGAGUCAGAGUAAAGAAAACAUCUCCAGGUUGGAAACCAUAACGUGAAGUCUAGAAGAUAUAAUAUUGAUCACAUAAAACCUACUUUAAUAUUUUUUAGUGGCCCCAUUUUCCACUCAAAUAAUGUUUCUACCACAAUUUUUACAUUUAUUUAACACACAAGGUAAAGAUAAAAUAAUUAUAUAAAAGUAAAUUUUUGUAUUUUUUCAAGAAAAAAAUAAAAAAUAUGAAAAAAUAGUGUGAAAUAAAUAUAAAAAUUUAUGUACGUUAAAGUAUUAUUUUUUUAUUAUUUUAUGGCCGAAUCUUAAAUAUUUAUUUAUGUUAAGAUUUGGAUUUUAAAUUUAACUCAAUACAUCCUUUUUGUAUAAAACUAGCUUUUAUAUAAAACUAGAUUUUAGUGGGUGUUCCAAUAAUAACUUGACAGAAGUGACACGAUAUGUCAGCAAAUAAUAAAUUUUUCAAAAAGAAUAUUUUAAUAAAUCUAACAAACAAAUGACUUUAACUUAUAACUCUGUACCAUAUAAGAAAUAAAUUUUAAGCUUUUGUUCUACAAAUAAAAAAUCUUCUAAUAGAAAAUAUCACAAUAGAUAUAAUAAACAACAAAUCUCUUUUUUCAAGAUAUAUUUUAACUAUGUAAAAAGUAAAUUUUAAGCUUUGUUCAACUUGAGAGAAUCAGUUUAUUUUCUGGGUGAAUCUUAAAUAUUUUUGUAUACCAACUCUUCUAUGUAUUGAAGUUCAUUAAAUGGAGUAAUCUCUUUUAUACCAUAUAUGUUCUUUUGUUUCACAUACAUUUUUUAUAUCGAAAAUUUGACUGCAUAUUGAAGAGGAAUGUUAUUUGUUAAACAUGUCAGACUAUACUGGUAAAAGAACCCUCAUAACUCUGGAAGAAUACUAAAAAUAAAAGCUACCUUUACAAAUUUAUUACAAAGUAAUAUGCUAUUACUGUGAUAUCUUAACAAAAGUGUUCAAUCCGUGGUCUCUCAGCUGACCCACAUAAAGUUGGCAUUAUGCAGAAUAGGUAAAUUAUUGGCAUGCCAAUUUUGAAAGCAAGCUAUGAAGUCAAUCAUCAUUCAACUUGUCAGUCAUACUGUGUGUGUGUGGUUGUUACCUACAAGAAAAGUAAUCGAUUCUCAUACAUUAUCUCUUCAUUAUUGAAUGGCGAUAUCUAGAAACAAUUGAUACAACAAGAUGAAAAAAUUCACCUCAUCAUGUGUCAAAAUGCCAAUCCUCCCUCUUCUCUCCUUCCUCUUUCUGAUCUUUGCAAACUCUCAGUCUCACUCUUUGAUGUAUGAUGAAGAGCAUGCAGUCCUAUUGAAGAUAAAACAAUACCUGCAAAAUCCACCGUUCCUCAAUCACUGGAUCCCAUCAAACUCCUCACAUUGCACUUGGCCGGAGAUCACAUGCAUCAAUGGCUCAGUCACUUCACUGACUAUGUUCAACACCAACAUCACUCAAACACUGCCACAUUUCCUAUGUGACCUCAAAAACCUCACACAUGUAGAUUUUCGGUUUAAUUUCCUUCCUGGGGAGUUCCCGAAAUCUCUCUACAACUGCUCCAAACUUGAGUACCUUGACCUCUCACAGAACCUCUUUGUUGGUAAGAUUCCUGAUGACAUUGACCACUUGGCUGGCUUGCGUUUUCUUAGCCUUGGUGGCAACAACUUCUCUGGUGAUAUUCCAGCCAGCAUAGGGAGGUUGAAGGAGCUACGAAGCCUUCAACUUUAUCAGAGUCUUUUCAAUGGUACUUUCCCUGCUGAAAUUGGGAAUUUGUCCAACCUUGAGUUGUUGUAUGUGUUCUCAAACCACAUGUUCCCUCCUACAAAGUUUCCAUCAAGCUUGACCCAGUUGAAUAAAUUGACGAUCUUUGAUAUGCAUGAAUCCAACUUGGUAGGGGAAAUCCCCGAAACCAUUGGAAACAUGGUGGCACUGGAGGAAUUGGAUUUGUCAGUAAACGGUUUGAGUGGAGAAAUUCCCAAAAGUUUGUUCAUGCUGAAAAAUCUGAGCAAACUAUAUAUUUACAAGAACAGCCUCUCUGGGGACAUACCCGAAGUGGUUGAAGCAUUCAACUUGACAGAAAUUGAUCUUUCAUACAAUAAUCUUAGUGGGAAAAUACCAGAUGAUUUGGGAAAGCUCAGCAAGUUAAUAUUCUUGUCUUUGUCUACGAACCAAUUAUCAGGGAAGGUACCAGAAAGCAUUGGUAGUCUGCCAGCUCUGACCGAUUUUGUUGUUUUUCACAACAAUUUAUCAGGCACUCUUCCACCAGAUUUCGGUCGGAUCUCAAAGCUUGAAACUUUUCAGGUUGCAUCUAAUAGUUUCACAGGAAGUUUGCCAGAGAACUUGUGCUACCAUGGAAGGUUAGUUGGUUUAACUGCUUUCGACAAUAACCUGAGUGGGGAGUUGCCAGAAUCUUUAGGAAGUUGCAGUAGCCUGCAAAUUCUGAGGGUUGAAAACAAUGAACUUUCUGGCAACAUUCCUAGUGGUCUAUGGACAUCUUUUAACUUAUCGACCAUUAAGAUAAACGAAAACAAGUUCACUGGUCAGCUUCCUGAAAGAUUGUCGGAGAAUCUCACAGACAUAGGCAUAAGUUAUAAUCAGUUUUCAGGUAGAAUUCCACAUGGAGUGUCUUCCUGGAAGAAUAUUGUGGAAUUUAAUGCCAGUAACAACCUCUUCAAUGGUAGUAUUCCACCGGAGCUAACAUCUCUUCCUGACCUAACAAUUCUUCUGCUUGAUCAUAACCAGUUCACAGGACCACUUCCUUCAGAUAUAAUAUCAUGGAAGUCCCUGAUAAAUCUAGAUUUGAGCCACAAUCAACUCUCUGGAGAAAUCCCUCUUGCAAUUUCUCAGUUGCCUGCCCUUAAUAUCUUGGAUUUAUCAGAGAACAGAAUAUCUGGCCAAAUUCCACAUCAACUAGCUCUUAUGAGACCCACAAAUAUCAAUCUGUCCUCCAAUAGUUUGGUAGGAAGGAUUCCAAGUGAAUUUGAAAAUCUUGUUUAUGCUAGGAGCUUUUUGAACAAUCCUGGUCUCUGUGCUGACACUCCAGUACUAAACCUUAUCUUGUGCAAUUCCAGGCCUCAAAGGGCAAGAAUUGAUAGAAGAUAUGCAUCUCAUGUUAUAAUCAUAAGCCUGGUGUUAGCAGCCUCCUUGCUGGCUUUGUUGUCAUUAUUUUUGAUGAUCAGAGUUUACAGAAAAAGAAAGCAGGAACUGAAAAGGUCAUGGAAGCUUACUUCCUUUCAAAGGCUCAGUUUCACAAAAGGAAAUAUCGUAUCCUCAAUGUCAGAACACAAUAUUAUUGGCAGUGGUGGGUAUGGUGCAGUGUAUCGUGUCGCUGUUGGUGAUACAGACUAUGUCGCAGUGAAGAAGAUACUCAGUAACAGAAAGUUAGAGGAGAAGCUUGUAAGUUCAUUUCUUGCAGAAGUUGAGAUACUGAGCAAUAUUCGUCAUAACAACAUUGUGAAGUUGCUAUGCUGCGUCUCCAAAGAGGAUUCUCUUCUCCUUGUCUACGAGUAUCUUGAAAACCAUAGCCUUGAUAGAUGGCUUCACAACAAAAGUAAGCAGACAGCUUCAUGUUCAGUCCUUGACUGGCCAAAGAGAUUACAUAUAGCCAUUGGAGCUGCUCAAGGUUUGUGCUAUAUGCAUCAUGACUGCUUACCACCUGUUGUUCAUCGUGAUGUGAAAACAAGUAACAUCCUGCUGGAUUCUAAAUUCAAUGCCAAAGUUGCUGAUUUUGGUCUAGCCAUGAUGUUGAUUAAGCCAGAAGAACUUGCAACCAUGUCAGCUGUGGCUGGUACAUUUGGCUAUAUUGCUCCAGAAUAUGCUCAAACAACAAGGGUCAAUGAGAAGAUAGAUGUCUACAGCUUUGGAGUAGUCCUAUUGGAACUGACAACAGGAAAAGAAGCUAAUCAUGGAGAUGAGUACUCAUCUCUGGCAGAAUGGGCGUGGCGCCACAUUCAGAUAGGAACAGAUGUAGAAGAUAUUUUGGACAAAGAAAUUAAGGAAGCUUGUUACAUGGAUGAAAUCUGCAACAUCUUCAAACUUGGGGUGAUGUGCACUGCAACACUUCCAGCUAGUAGACCUUCCAUGAAGGAAGUCCUGAAAAUUUUGCUCUCCUGCAGCAGUCCACUCAGCAUUGGAGACAAGAAUGUUGGCUUCUAUGAUUCUGCUCCACUUCUUAAGAAUUCAAAAUGGGAAAAUAAUAUGGAAUAUUAUACAGAUGAUGAUUGAAUAUUGAUGAAGCUAGAUGGAUUGCAUCCUUGUUCAAGAAUCUUAUCUGUCUGAUAAACUUUAACCAAAUGGCUAGUUUUGAAGUCCGAAAAUAAGACAAUGAAAGUAGUAGAUACACUAAAGUAAUUAGAUAGAGUAGAACAUAUAUAGGUUCAGAUUCAGCUCAGGUUAUGGAUUACUGUAAUUGAAGUACUUUUCUAGGAUCUUCAUUUUCCAUUUUUCUGAAGAAAAAUAUCCACAAGGUUUUCUUCAUACUGUCACAAAA